AUGGACUGCGAAGCCAAACCAUUCUGCAAAUCAUUGGAUUGCACCCUUUGCAUGGACAACCUAGCGAAUCCAGAAUGUUCUCCAACAUUGGCCAUUUUGGGAGCCGGCAUUGUCAUCUACGGGAUCAUCAGUUUCAUAUACUGCCUCUUCUGGGUCCCAAUCCGCUUUGGAGCUCCAUUGGUUUGCUCACUCAGAGGAAUAAAAUGGAUAGCUACUCUCAUAGCGAAAGGAAUCUGGAGUGUCCUAAAAUUCAUGACAAAGGUCGUCUACGAGACUCUCUUCAGAUGCUGGAAAAAAGAGAACAGACGUUCAAACACCAGAACAAGAAUGUGGAAAGACAUCUCGACCUCUACGACUUCACUACUUCUGAUGGCAUUGAUUGCAGGAAAUCAGGCCUGUCAAGAAAUCGAUGUCAUGUCCCAUCAUUCGAAGAUCUGCAACGGAAACGACUGCGAAGUUCAACUAGAAGAAGUUUUCCAUUUGAAUCCAUUCAAACGAGAAGCUUGUCUUCAAAUAACUCACGACAACACGACCCUGAGAGAAGUCAGAGCAGAAUGGCUGAAUUUGACGCUAGAGUGCUCCAAAGAAGUACUCACAUUCACGAGAGAGGCCGAAUACAACGUUCUGAGUGUGAAAAGGUGUCCCAGAAUGGGCUCUUGUUCUGGAGAAAAAUGCAGCAACAUAACCAGACAAUCAUUGAUUCCAGAACUUGCACAAGUCAACAACUUCACUGGAAUAACUGGAUGCUCCGAAUCAUGCGGAGGACCAGGUUGCGACUGUUUUUAUCUCAGUUCCGGAUGUCUUUUCUACAGGAUCUACAUGAAACCAGUCAACAAUAAAAUUCACACUCUGUUCCGCUGCUCAGAGUGGAAAGAAAAACUCUUCGUGAAAUGGACAACGACAGAAAUCAACUCCUACAAGCCAGCGUCCACAUCAACAGUACUAGUACUUCGUCCAAACAUUGAAGUACUUACUCGCCAUGCCAAAAUAACUCUCAGUUCCCUGCAUACUCCAAACGUGCCCUUCACGAACUCCUGGUUCAUACAAACCGAUCAAAGCAUCGCGACUUGGCCGCAGGAGAAAUGGCCCGACCUCAGGUGCAGAGACUGGCUAGCCGCAGAAAACAUGAACUGCACACUCAUUGAAAAUUGCAGAUGUUCACCUGCAGAGACAAUCAUGCGUUGCACUUGCAAAAAUCUCAACAUUUCAGCCCAUAUGAGCUCAUUUGGAAACCAACUUCCAAUCAACACUCCGAGCUGGACAAUGAAGUCAGCGAAGAAAGGACCGAAACUGUACUUCGACUCAGCAACCACAACCGAAAUCACAUUAAGAACGACGGAAAAAAUCGACGUCACGAUCAUCAGACAUGAAGACAACUGUCAGAUUGAAACCACUCACGUUUCGGGAUGUUAUGGAUGCAAAAAAGGAGCAGAAACAAUGGUCACCUGUUUCUCAGAAACCAAGCAACUAAUGGGCGAAAUCAAAUGCUCGGAAACGGCAUUUACAGUUCCCUGUUCAAAAACAGGCUCAACAACACAGAUUCGAUUCUACGUCGAUCAAGCUCAUUUUCAAGAAAACUGCACAAUUCAAUGUGGAGGAAAAAACAUCAAUCAGUUUGAAGUAAUUGGUGUCCUAAAAUUCACAGGAUCUCCUCUUCAGACAGUCCAAGCGCUUUUAAAAGGAGAAAAGAUCAAUCUCAACGAAAUCACAUGGCCAGACUUCAUGCAUAUCAUGGAAGUUUAUCAGACGUGGAUUAAAACUACGAUGAUCACACUCAUUGCCAUUCUAGCAGCCCUGGCGAUUUCAUACAUCUUUAUCAUACCACUUCUUCCAGGACUAGUGAGGAAAAUGGCUAAAACUGGCUUUCUUGGGUUCCAGAUCAUCCUAUGGAGUCUAAAAAUUAUAGUCAACGUCACUCUAGUCAAACCAGCAACCAUCAUGUGUCAUUUUUUUGGGUGGCGCCAAAGACAUUCCGGACACGAAAAAAUGCCACGUCAUAUGGUCUAAAAACUCACUCCAAAGCGCCUUCUACACAUAUUUGUCAACAUUUUCUUCACUUCAUUCAUUCGAGAUCCAUAAACUCCAUUAUACCAACAAUCAAAACAGUCACCCAACCACAAAAAUCAACGCAACCUCAACAAGCAUUCAAUCCGAGGCGGGAACCGUCGGACGACGACCACUCAUAGAACUCAGAGAACAACGCUAAGGAAAGCGGAAAAGCAAAAAUUUUGUGUUCAUUUUUUUUCCUCAUUUUAUUCAUUGAUUUUUCUCAAUUCUUUGUCUCUUUUCCGUUCAUACUUUUUCACUCAUAUUUUUCAUUUUAAAAUUCAAUUCUAACUUCAUUCCUCAUCCAUCCUAAUUCAUAAUAAUUCAUCUCAACUCAUCUCAGGCGGGGAGUGUCGACACCGACUCAAAGGUAGAUGCCUCCCCGCCACUCAGAGGAUGACGUGGCUGGCUCGCCAGGGGGAAAGGUCCAUUAGGAGCUAUUCCAUUACCUGUCUAGCCAGCCACGUCGUUCGCCCCCAAACCAUUUCUCCUCUUUCAUUAUUUUUCAUUUCACUCAAUUUUCCAUUCUUAUUGUUGAUUUAAAUUUAUUGCUUUAUCGUUAUAAUCUUGUUCGCGGAAUAUUUAUGAUAAAGGUUUAAUUACCCAAGUUUGAGGUUGAACGGAUCGCUGUCCGACCCGCACUCAACGCUCACUCAGGAAGACCCGCGUGGCAGGCAACAACACCGCUAA